GGGAGCGGCAGCGCCAGUAGCAGCGGCAGGAAGCUGAGCCACGGCCAGGCACUGCAAGGUUGGGCUGGAGCUGCAGAGAGGCCCCAAGCAGCGCGGGCGGGGCCGGGUGUGGGGCGGCAGUGCCGGUGUAGAGGCCCGGAUACCGUAGCCGGGACGGCGGCGGCGUGCGGCACUGGAAGCGCCCAGAGAUGUCUGCUACUGUAAGAACCCCAGAGGAGCCGGUGGCCAGGGGAGCGGAGGCGGAGGCGGGGUCCGGGCUGAGAACAGCCUUUCCUUGAAUAGCCGGGCUCCGCGGCUGCCUUGGCGGCUGGCGGCUAUGGAGCCUGAGGUUCCCCGGCGUGGCUCGGAGGCUGCGGGGCUCCCGCUGUUCCUGGUGCUCCAGUCCCCCGUGCUGCUAUUGCUGCUGCUGGCGAUGCUGCUGCCGGGCCCAGAGGCCUCGCCGUUGCGCUACUCAGUGCCAGAAGAGCAGGAGCCCGGCUCGUUGGUAGGAAACUUGGCCAGUGCCCUGGGGUUAGAGCUGCGGCGUCUGGGUCCGGGCUGCCUGCGCAUUAACCACCUGGGCGCACCGAGCCCGCGAUACCUGGAACUGGACUUAACGAACGGCAAGCUCUUCGUUAACGAGCGCUUGGACCGAGAGGCACUUUGCGAACAGCGGCCCCGCUGCCUGCUCCACUUGGAGGUGUUGGCCCACAGCCCUGUGGCAGUGAGCGCGGUGGAGGUGGAGGUGCUGGACGUCAACGACAACUCGCCUCGCUUUUCGCGGCCGGAUUACCAGCUGGAGGUGAGUGAGUCGGUUGCUCCGGGGACGCGCUUCCAUAUCGAGAGCGCGCAGGACCCGGACGUGGGGACCAACUCGGUGCAGAGCUAUCAACUCAGCCCCAAUGAGCAUUUCGCCCUGGAUCUCAAGCCCCUUCAGGAGAACAGUAAGGUGUUGGAGUUGGUGCUGCGCAAGGGCCUAGACAGAGAACAGACUACUUUGCAUCGCCUGGUCCUCACAGCCGUGGACGGAGGCAACCCGCCUCGCUCGGGCACUGCACAGAUCGUCGUCAAUGUCUUGGAUACCAAUGACAACUCUCCUGCCUUUGACCAAUCUACUUAUCGUGUUCAGCUGAGGGAGGACUCGCCCCCGGGAACCCUGGUGGUGAAGUUGAAUGCGUCGGACCCAGACGAAGGCUCCAACGGCGAACUGGUUUACUCCUUUAGCAGCUACACUUCUGAAAGGGAGAGAGAACUCUUCAGCAUCAACCCAGUGACUGGAGAGGUAAGAGUGAGUGGAGCCCUAGACUAUGAAGAGGCCUCUUCCUAUCAGAUCUACGUGCAGGCCACUGACCAAGGUCCUGUGCCCAUGGUUGGUCACUGCAAGGUACUGGUGGACAUCGUGGAUGUGAACGAUAAUGCCCCUGAGGUGGUGGUCAGUGAUGUGUAUAGCCCGGUGUCUGAGGAUGCCAUGCCUAGCACAGUGGUUGCCUUUAUGAGUGUCAAUGACCAGGACUCUGGCUCCAACCAGAGGGUGAGCCUCAGCCUCCCAACUUCUCUGCCUUUCCGACUCAAUGGGCUAGGGAACUCUUAUUCCUUGGAGGUAAGUGGUCCACUAGACAGGGAGAGAGUGGCUGCUUACAACAUCACGUUGACAGCCACGGAUGCAGGGACUCCUCAGCUUACCUCUCAACAGACUAUCCGGGUGGAGAUUUCUGACAUCAAUGACAACCCUCCGCGUUUCCAGGAGGCUGCAUACUCUGUCUAUGUCCCUGAGAACAAUGUCCCAGGGGCACUGUUAUGCACCGUGCAAGCCACAGACCUAGAUGCCAACCAGAAUGCUGAGGUAACCUAUUCCCUUUUGGAGAAGGAAAUCCAAGGGCUACCAGUCACCUCCUAUGUGUCCAUAAAUGAGGUAACUGGUAACAUCUAUGCAGUCAGCUCCUUUGACUAUGAGAAGUUGCGGGAGUUUGAUGUGAUUGUGGAGGCCCGGGACAAGGGGAGUUCUCCAUUAAGCAGUACAGUCACUGCCAAUAUAUAUGUAGUGGAUGCCAAUGACCAUGCUCCACAGAUCUUGUACCCUACCUCAACUAAUUCAUCAACGGCCAUGGAGAUGGUUCCUCGAACAGCUUCGGCUGGCUACUUAGUCACCAAGGUAAUAGCCAUGGACUCAGACUCAGGGCAAAAUGCUUGGCUCUUCUACUACUUAGCCCAGGCCUCUGACCCUGACCUUUUCAAAGUGGAACUCCAUACAGGAGAAAUAAGGACUAGCCGGAAACUGGGUGAUGAAAGUGUGUCUACUUUCAAUCUGACAGUUCUGGUCAGGGACAAUGGACAGCCAUCCCUGUCUGCCUCAGUGGUUAUUACAGUUGCUAUAGUGGACAGGGUUUCAAAAAUACUCCCUGACACUAGAAGACAUGUUAAGAAUACUCGGACAUAUUCAGAAAUUACACUUUAUCUCAUUAUUGCACUGAGCACAGUUUCAUUUAUAUUCCUUUUGACAAUCAUAGUUUUGACUAUUAUCAAAUGCUAUCAUUACACUGCAUAUGGGACCUCAUGCUGUGGGGGUUUCUGCGGGGUCAGGGAGAGGUGUCCUGCAGAACUCUACAAACAAGCUAACAACAACAUUGAUGCAAGGAUCCCACAUGGUUUGAAAGUUCAGCCUCACUUCAUUGAGGUUCGGGGGAAUGGCUCCCUCACUAAGACCUAUUGCUAUAAGGCCUGUUUAACAGCAGGCUCAGGAAGUGACACAUUCAUGUUUUACAACACAGGGGCCCAGACUGGUCCUGUGCCACAUGCAGUGGUGACCGAGAGCAGACAUCUGACUGGUCAAAGUGGGCAGAGUGCACAGAACCUGAUCAUUCUUAAAAAUGAGUCCUCUAUUCACAAUGAGCCAAAGCAACCCAACCCUGACUGGCGUUACUCUGCCUCUUUGAGAGCAGGGAUGCACAGUUCUGUGCACCUGGAGGAAGCCGGCAUCCUGCGGGCAGGGCCAGGAGGGCCUGAUCAACAGUGGCCAACAGUGUCCAGUGCAACACCUGAACCAGAGGCAGGAGAGGUGUCCCCCCCUGUAGGAGCUGGUGUCAACAGCAACAGCUGGACCUUUAAAUAUGGACCUGGCAACCCCAAGCAACCUGGCCCCGAAUCUAAAAAGCAGACCCAAGUUUCCUUUCUCCUCCGCCGCAAAGGAGAGGCUUCCCAGCCCCACCCGUGAGAGGUUGGACCCUUAGCCUUGUGCUCCUGGAAUCCUGUCUUGAUGGCACUUACAGGGCAGGCUGAAAGGUUUUCAGAUUGGGCAGCUGGGUCUUACUUUUGAUGUGUGCCUGUGCAUGUGGGGGGUGGGGGUGGGCAUGGAGGUAUGUGGGUGUGUACGUAUGGGUGUACAGAAGUCAAGAGGGAAGGCAAAAUUAGGUUACUUAGUGCAAGAAGAGGUAGAAAUGUGAAGAAAAAAACAAUUCUGAACUUUUCAGGCCAGGGAGGAAACCUGAGAAAGGAAGUGACUAGAUUUUCCAAACUUAGUGUGGAAUAGGUUAGGAAUCUUUAAUGACAGGAGGUGGUACCCAUUCUCCAGGCAAAACUGUAUUCUAGCCCCUUAACCAUUAGCCUAUCUAUACAAUAUUAGGGGUCCUGGAAAAAAAUUGGCUAUGAUGUCUUUCUAAAACCUUCAUUAUGCUGGUAAAACAGUUCCUUAGGCUCUAAAUAGAGGCCAGUCAGGCGGACCCAUUGGAAAGUGAGUGGCUUGGAUGCUGUUUCCUACAUGUCCUUGUACUCACUCUGUUAAACAUUCUUUUGCACACAAUGUCUCUGAAAAGGCCAGAUCCUCUUCCCAUAAUACAUAUGCAAAAGGGAAAGAAAAAAAAAAACCCAACACCUCACUUUAUCUGUGCUCUUUGUUAUUGAUAGAUUUAUUUAAAAAUGAAAGUAUAGAUGUAAAUGUUGAAGGACAAGUAUGAUAAAUAUGAUUCCCCUUUACGCCCAAAAGAGAAUUAAAUCUACAGCCAUUAGAAAUAAUCAUUGCUGCUACUGAAGUGCUUUAGAGAAAUUGCCUGAAACAUCUGUAUUAUAUCGGCCACCCGCCAAUCACAGCUUUACUCUAUCAGGUCACUCUGGGACUGCCUCUUGCAUGUAUUAGUUACUAAACCCAAGGAUCCCAUACUUUUAAAAAAUGUUUUUUAUGUGCACUUUGAUUACACAAUUUCCUUCAAUCAACUGCCCUAAGACUCAGAAAUGAAAGAUAGUUGUUGUUUUCUCAGACAUACAGAACUCACUUACAGAUCCUGUAAUUCUGUGAAUUGUCUUUGUGAGCUAGCUUACAACCUCCCCUUUGGUUUUGUUUCCCUUUUUUCUAUGACACUCUGAAUUGCUGCCCUUACUAUUAUUCAUGACAUAAAAUCCAACUACUGUAUGUAUGCUGUAUGCUCUUAUAAAAAUCCUGAAAUAUACUUACUCUGUGCUUGUGUAUGUGAAUGUCAAUGCAACUAUUACCUAGAGUGGACUUUAAGCUUUCUUGCUGAAUGUAACCCUAUUACAUUUCUUUUUUGUAUACCUGUGAAAAAAGUGGAAUAGUGUUCAUUUUUUUUUUUGAAAAAAACCCACCGUUAAUCAGCUUUUGUGUAUGAAAGACACAGUAAAAUAUCUUUCUUAAAUCAA